CUGCCUACUGGGUAUGGCCUGGGCAAUGGGUGACACGUCACGAGUGACCAAUUUUCUUUUAUUUAUUAUAUAAUUUUUUAAAUAUUUGAGUCUAUAUAGUAUAGAUCUAGAUCUAUCAUCUAGAGUUAGAGUCCUAACUAGUCCUAAUUACCUAAUUGUUACUUAUUAGUAGAUCACAGCUGCACUCCCCAUUAAUUUUAAUCUUCGGACUCGAAGACAAGCCUUCCUUAAUAAAUCGCCUUCCAGGCUACCUUAUUAUUAAAUAUAAUUCAUACUCAUAGAUCAAAUGGUGGCCGAUAUUGGCAUUGUAGUAUGUAGGUAUCAGGGCAUCUGAACUAAUACUUUAAAAUACCUCAUAGAUUGAUUGAUUCUAGAUUUAGAUGUAUAAAAUAUACUAGAUGAUCAAUGAUGUAUUUAUUAUUUUAUAAUUUUAUAUGUAGAUCUAAUUAGUAAACUCUAUAUCAGUGUCAGUGAUUCCCAAAGUGGUCAAUAUAGACCCCCUGGGGUCUAUGAAGACUUCCAAGGGGUCUACGAAAGUGAAAAAAUAAAUUAGGGGUCUAUGAGAUGCCCACAGGGUCUACAAUAAUGGAUUUUAUUUAAGCAGGCAAGCGGUUGCCUAGGUGACUAAUUACACUGGAGGAUCAUUUGAGAUGAUGCCACCCUGAUAAAAAGAUAAAGGUUUGAAAAACUUUCAAAAGAUAAAGUUCAGAAUAGACCAACAAAAUCUCUCUUCAACAUCAUACAGGGCAGAAGGUGGUUUGUGAGCGUCUUACAAGAUCUCUUUACUUUUACUAAAUAUGGAAAACACUAUAGAUAACACUAUAGAUAAAACAUUGAUUUUUACCAGCCGUUGAAGAAUUUUUAAAAAAUAAUUAUUGUAUAAAAACCUACAUCUGAUAUUAUUAAAUGAAUUUCUUUAAGCAACAAUACAGUCCAAGGGAACAUCGGUGGUAUGAUUUAUAACAUUAAAAGCUUCUUAUGCUAUGUAAUUCUUUGCAAACGACAUAUACAGUUUGGGAUCAGUGGGAUUGCAGUUUCUGACAGGGUGUAGCACUGUGCUGCAAACUGCCUAAGGGUUGCCAUGUUUGGGUAUAGCUGCAAGGCAGCAGAGGUUUGAAUUCAGUUUACCUUCUGCUAGGUGGGUUGCAAGCCUUUAUUCUGUGUUUUAUCUAUUUGUUUUUUCCAGGUUAGUCUCGGGUCAUAGGUGACUCCAAGAUAUGUAGGGCUGUCAUUUUUUUUUAAAGCUUCCUUAUCUAAUGUUAAUUUUAUUGUUUGUUGUUUUGUUGACAGUGAGAAUAUGGUAGACCUAUUUAAUGUUAUGACCUUAAGCACAUUAAAAUACAUAAAUCACAUCUUUUCUUUUGACAAUGUUAAAUGUUCUUUAAUUUUUUAUUAAUAAUUGAAUUACAGAAGGGCCCAUCUUCAUAAGUUUUCCCUUUGAGACUUUGCAAUCCAUGGGGCAAAUGAUGUAAAGGUCAUCUGUUUCUCUAGCCCAUGGUUAAUGAUGGUGUAAUGUAGCCAGCUCAAUGACCAACCGCCUUUAUUCCUAAUAAAUGUCAUUUACCCAAUAAGAUCCUGAAAUUAAAAAUCCAGUCUUUUAUAGGAAUCGAACCUGGGUCCCUUUGAUCCAUUUAUCCACUUUGCCUCCUCCCUGUUGAUAACCAAUGACAAAAAACAUGUACCCUAUACAGAUUUAGUACCAAGUCGUAGAAAUGUGCAACUUGUCACCUCUGAAGGCGUUUAAUUUUUCAGUUGUGAUUUGCAUAAUAAACAAGUUUCUGCUUUAAAAAAGUCUUAAAACGACUGUUCUGUCCAAUUAUGAAGCCACCAUCAUGGCUAGGGGCUUAUGGUUUAUUCCAAGACAACUGAUGUAUUAUCAUUGCUAGGUGUAUGCCUAUUUGUUUAACCAAGUCUUCAGACUUCCUGAUAUAUGAAAUCUCAUAAAUGACUCUUUGAUUACCAUUUUUCAGGAGAUCUUGAAACAAUAUCAGAAACUGAUGUUUAUCUAAUCAACAAUUUUAUCUCUUGAAUGCUAUCAACAAUUGAAGAGAAAACUUGAUUUGGAACUUCUCUUUUUUUUUCUUUUGUUACAACAACUCCAGUAUUUUGAAUUGAUAAUGAAAGAACAUUCAAUCUGGCGAAGUAGGCUACACCACCUUGGCCAGCGUAUGAUUCAGCAAAAAGUUGUUGGUGAAAAUGAUAUGAAGACAGAACUGCGAAGAUGUCUAACCACUCCUCAGUUGACACUGCUGGGUGUAGGAAACACAAUUGGUGUUGGAAUCUAUGUCAUGUUAGGAGUCAUGGCUAAGGAGAAUGCAGGGCCUUCUGUAAUCCUGUGCUUUGCUGCAGCUAUUUUUGUCACAUUAAUGAAUGCUUUGGUUUACGCUGAGUUUUCCACCUACAUUCCACAAACUGGUGCUGCCUAUAUUUAUUUUUACAAGGUUUUUGGUGAAUUUGCUGCAUUUCUCUGUGGCUGGUUGAUUCUCAUUACUUUCACAUUCGCAAGUUCUGUUGGGGCUCGUGCUUGGAGUGGAAUGUUGGAUUCAUUCUUCAACAACACCAUUCAGGACCAAACCACAAAAUUCUUUGGGAAAAUCCAGUUUGGCAUGCCAUUUGCAGAAUCUUUAGAUGUCCUGGCCUUUGCCUUUCAGAUAGCUGUUGUCAUAAUUGUAUCCUGCAAUGUCAUGUGCUCAUCUAUAAUCAACACUAUCCUCGGUGUUCUCACCUCUUCAGUUCUUAUAUUUGUCUUCAUUGUCGGUAUCAUCUAUGGGAAUCCAGAAAACUUUCGAAACACUGAGCAUGGUGGCUUUUUCCCAUUUGGUAUCGUUGGAGUAAUCAAGGGAACCUCAUUGGCUCUAUAUGCUACAAGUGGUUUUGAUAUUAUCUGUCUUUCUGCUGAGGAAGCUAAAAAUCCUGCUAAGGCCAUUCCACGAGCAAUAAUACUUGAACUGUUGAUUGUUGGUGCUGUUUAUAUUGGAGCUGCUGUUGGGAUGCUAUUUCUGAUCCCUUACUGGCUGAUAGAUCUGCGCUCACCCCUACCCUCUGCAUUUGAAUAUGUUCACUUACCAUGGGGGAAAUUUAUUGUUACUAUUGGCCCCAUGUUUGGUGUCACCAACCUUCAGAUGUUGGGGAUCUACAGCGUGUCCAGGGUCAUGUAUCGGAUGUCUAAAGAUGGUCUGUUUCUCCAAUGUUUCCUCAAAGUCAACAAGAAGACUGGUGUUCCACUUAACAGUGUGGUGUGUGUGGGUGUCUUGACCUCUGUCACAGCCUUGCUGUUUGACCUUUCGUACAUCGUCAAAAUCACUGUUCUGCUAAUGAUGAUGAACUCCGUCAUGGUGGGUACGGCCCUCAUCAAACUGAUCAUUACAGAGGGCAACAGGACUGACAAUUUCUCUGAGCCAAACUCAGGAAGCUACCAAAGAGAUAAAACUGAACAAGACUUUAUUGAGAAUGAGAUUGUGGUGGGUGAGUGUAGAACCAGCGAUAGUGCAGAAAACUUGGCUGUAGUAACGGAGGAAAAUGGUCAUGUAGUUUUCUCAGAGUCAGCACCUACCCUUGAAUUCAGGGCAGUUGACAACAACAGUCUAGAAAACACAUUCAAUAAUCAUAUUCAAAAUAAAGGAGCCGGAGUUUCUGAAAAUUCUGACCUAACAAAUGAGCUGGAAAGAAGUUCAGACGAAUCAAGGAAAGGUGGAACUACUGCUACCACAGCUUACGAUGAAACAGAAGAUGAUUUGCUCUUUCAGAAAUCUGCCAGUGUUCAUCGUUGCCCUGCUUAUCAGGAAAGGAGCCUUGCUUUACAGGACUCCAACAUGGGUGUCAAGCAGAGAAUUGCUGCAUGUCUUUCCCCCUUCUUUCCUGGUAUUCUGUCUGUAAAUGUGAUGCUGACUCUACACUGGCUAGCCUGUGUAGCUCUAGCAUUACAGAUCAACUUUGGAUAUAAAGACAUUAUACAGCUGAAGUUGGUCAGUAUCCUGUCUCUCAGCAUUCUCCUUGUCCUGCUAGUUCUCAUAUCAUUCUUUUUGUGGUCACAGUGUCACAGAUCCAACCGACAAGGUUUCCAGACUCCAUUGAUGCCGUUCAUCCCAACAAUGUCUGUGCUGUCUAGCGCUAUCUUGAUGUUUUCUGCAGGAGAUAUGUCUGGCUUCAUUGAAGUUAUUAUACUUGUUGUUUUAGGAGCUAUAUUCUAUGUUAUCAUGGUGCUGUGCAAGUUUAACUCAGAACGCAGUUUUUCGUUGCCUGAGGGCUGUGAUGAGAGAAAUAGUCUUCUGGCUGGCAGUGGAGAUGAUGCUGAUGAUGAAAUAGAAUCGGAUGAAAUUUAACUUUUUUUUAAAUAUGUAAACUAUUAAUUGUUCUUAGCUGGUGGGUUUGUUUGUUUUUUGACAUUCCUUUUUUAUUGUUUGUUUUUUGUUGUUUUUUUUUCUUGUUUUUUUUAGAACCUGCAUUUAAAAUGUACAGCAGAACAAUGUCAAGAAACAAAUAAGAAAGUAUAUGUGUAAACCCAAUAACUUGAAAGAUCUGUGAUUUUCAUAUAAUUGCUUACCCGUUAAUGUUCAUGAUUGGUUAUGCUCUUAAUUUGCAAUAAUUUGAUUGUAAAAUUUUGUAUCAAUUUCAUCUUUGUCUAGGAAGUCAUGUCACAUGACCUCCAUCAGAAAUGUUGCUAUUUAUAGAAGUUUUAUAGAAGUAUUUGUUGUUGUUAUCUUGGUGCCCAGUGGCAAAGUGAAAUUUACAAAAAAAAAAUGUAGACUACACAGUGCAGACAUUUUUCGGCCACUUUAACCUUAGCUGCUGGCAGACUUUAUGUAACUGAAGAAAAAAUGUGAACAUACUAUGAAGAAGGUGAACAGGCUUCAGUUUCUCUUUUGGCUGGAUAGAAAAUUGCUGUUUUAUUAUUAUAUUUGUUACCUAUAUUUAGACUGUACACUUUAAGUAAUAGGAUUGUGUUUGUACUCAUAGUUGUAUAUCAGUUUUGCAAGAUGUAUAACAAAUGUGAAUCUUUCAUUUUCUUUUUCUUAUUUAUUAUGUUGGUUUUUGUUUAUAAUAAUAAAAAUACACAAUCUCACCAUUGUUCUAGUCAGCUGUCCUUGUUGCUGAUUCCCUGUAAAUGAUAAAGAGUGCAUCCAAGUAAAAUAUACAUAAAACAUUGCACCUAUAAAACACCCAUAAAUUCUAAUAUUGAUAUAUCAUACAUCAUAUGAAAAUAAGGAUAAAUCUUCUGAGCUGUCUGCUACCACCUCUGUGCUGAAUUCAUUUUGUGCAACUCCUUACCAUGAGCCUGUGUCAUCCCUAUGAGACACAUUUAAAUUUCUUUAAGAUCUAUAGAAGUGCUUUAAGAUUUGGACUAUAUUGAUAGUUAUUUAAUCUUGAGGGGAUAAAUAAUUUGAUGCCUUUAUUUUUGCAGAGUUUGCUUUUCAAAACAAGGCAAUUUGUAUUAAAGGUUUAGGCAAAAUGAAUAGUCUGUUACAGCUGAAUGCUAUUCUCAAAAACAAGAUAAUGUCCACCUGAGUGCUAGUGAACAGUUUUUAAGCUAUUUGAUGUUUAAAUUGUCAGUGUCUCAAAAAUAUGUUUACAGCUACCAUUUCUAUUUACUGCAUUGUAGCAUCAGCAAAAUCUCAUUUUCUAUUUGCCCAAGAGAUUCAUUACUUUACAGAAAUGCCAUUUUUUGUGACAAUCUUGUCAUUAUAUUUUUCAAUGUAUACACUUUUACAUUAAAGUUUUGAAAUUUUUUUCAAGUAAAUUUCUUUAAAACAAGUGAUAAAUGGCAUUACUGUCAGUCUAGUGUUUAUAUUUUAUUUGACAUACAAUAUAAACCUUGGUCUAUUUGUUAAUAUUACAAAUCAAUCCACUCAUUCAUUUCAUUUUUUGUUAAAAAAAAAUUUCAAAUGAAAAAAAAUGUUUUGUUUAUACCUUGUACAUUUUCCCCCCUAUAAUUUAUUGAGAUGUAAAUUUACUGCAUUAAGUUAGGCCAAUGUGAAGAAAAUUAUAAAAAUUCAAAUAACCGAAAGUUUAGAACUUUUGUUUUUUACAAACAAAACAUUUUUUUUUUUUUUUGUUGAACUAAAGAAGUACUAAUUUUUUAUUUAUUUAUUUAUUUUACUUUUGCUUUCCUUCAGUAAAACAAUGUUAUGGGAAAAUAUUUUUGAAACAUCAAUAUUGUUACACCAAAAGAAUAUUUUAUGUUUAAAAGUAAUAAUUAUCAGACAUUCUUACAUUUGUUUUCCCCUUCUGUUUUUAUAUUGGUUGGGGUAGCACAAUGUGGAGAUGACAUUUGUUUUAAUGAGUGCGUUUUCUCCAUACAUGAGAUAUUUCUUAUGUUGCUUUGACAUGGUUGUUGUUUUUUUUGUUGUUGUUGUUGUUUUUUCUAUAUACAGUUGACUCUUAUUAGUCUGACACUUUAAAAUCUGAUGCUGUGCUGAUGAAAAUUUGUGUAAUUAAUGUAUACUGUAACUAGUAUAUUUGUAGAAUAUAGGUAAGCUUAAGUUGUAAUUAAGUGCAGUAUGUGAAAGCUGAAAAUUAUGUGUUGUUGGUUAGUUUUUUUUUUAGAUCAAUUAAUGUUUUUUUUUUUCUUUUUUUGACUAUUGUUUAUUUUGGAGGUUUGGUGGCUGAGCAGUAAAGCGCUUGGCUUCUGAACCGGGAAUCCCGGGUUUGAAUCCUGGUGAAGUCUGGGAUUUUUAAUUUCAGGAUCUUUGGGCGCCUUGAGUCCACCCAGCUCUAAUAGAUACCUUGCAUUAGUUGGGGAAAGUAAAGGUGGUUGGUAGUUGUGUUGGCUCCAUGACACCCUCAUUAAUCGUAGGCCACAGAAACAGAUGACCUUUACAUCAUCUGCCCUUUAGAUCACAAGGUCUGAAAGGGGAACUUUACUUUUUUUUUUUUACUUUAUUGUUUAUUUUACACCAUUUUUUUUACUUAUUAAAUAGACUUUUCUGAAUUUUCUGAACAUAUACAGUUCAGUUUCAUGAAUUACAGCUAACCUUUGUAGUUUGACAACUUAAGGCCCACCAUCCCCCGUACCAUAACUGUCAGAAUUAUCAAGAGUCAACUGUAUUAUAUUUUGUGUUGUUUGAUUUUUUUAAAAUCUAUUCAGAAUGUUUCAUCCUGUAUUCUUUGGUGCUCAUGUAUUUUGUUGAAGAAUUUUUAUUUUUUUAUGACAAUUGACAUGCAUAGAACUCGAGCAUAAUGGGAAGUAAUGAUGAGGUUGAAAGAACCAAAUUAUGUCAAGAUACACUUGAUUGUCUAGUAGUGUCAAUUUUCAACUUUGUGAUUGUCUAGUAGUGUCAAUUUUCAACUUUUUGAACAAUUAAACAUACUGGUAUUUAACAUUUUAUUAUGCAGCACUCAUUGUUGGUGCCAAAGGACUAAAUAGACAUACCAAAUAAAUCAAACAAAUGGCAGUAAAACUUCUUUAAUAUUAGCAGUGUAUUUCUCUUCUUCUAUGUUGAUUUGCUUUUAUUACUUCCAUCAGUUAAAAAGGAAUGGUAUAUAGCAAUUGUGAAGCACUGGGCUUCCGACCUGGGAUCGAAGGUUCCAAUCCUGGGAUAUUUAAUUUCAAGAUCUUUGGGCAUCUCUUGAGUCCACCCGUCUCUAAUGGGUACCUGACUAUAGUUGGGGAAAAGUAAAGGUGGUUGGUAGUUGUGCUGGCCACAUGACACCUUCGUUAAUCGUGGGCCACAGAAACAGAUGACCUUUACAUCAUCAGCCCUAUAGAUCGCAAGGUCUGAAAGGGAACUUUACUUUUUUAUAGUAGCCUUCCUUAUUUUGAAAUUGAAAUUAAGAGACUGGGUCUAUUUAUGCAAGAAUGUACGUCAACACACUGUUAUGGAUCUUCUACUACUACAGCAGUUACCCUUUACCUGGUCGCAGAAAACUUGCUGGUGCCAGUUACAUAAUGUUGUAAUUGUUUUGCUGUCCUAUUACCUAGCAGAGACAGGGUACUCUAUGCAAACUGGAUACAUUCUUUCAUACUGUCACGACUAUAUAGAUGUGCAUCAGACCAUCAACAACACCAUCUCAAAACAAAAGAAUGUUUCAGAGCCAGUAAUUAAAAAUAUCAAAUUAUUAUUUGGUAGUUCUUUCAUAUUUCUUAAUAUUUUUGGUUACAUUGCCUUGAACCUGGCUUGCCCACCUGAUCUUUUGAUAUUUGAUUCAUAAACUUUAAAUAUUUUAACCACUUAACUAAAAGCAUGCAGAAAUAAAAAAUAACUCCCACCGUCUAUGAACACUUGCUUUUGUGUUGUUGUUUCUUUUACAUUGAAUAUAUACUUGUUAGGUUAAAUUAUAUUAUAACAAUCAAACUAUAUUGCAUUGGGUUUUUUAUGAGACGUCAAAUUUUUUGUUUGAGGUCGUUUGUCUUUUUUUUUUUUUUUUGCAACUUCAGUGUAGCUUUCAGCAGCACCAAUGUUAUGGCUUAAAUCAUAUUUUUACAUUAUACAUUUCAUCUGAUUAUUUUAUUAAAUUCAGUUAGCAGAUAUAUAUAUAUAUAUAUAAAUUCCAUUUAUUGUUUUUUAGAUUUUUUUUGUUCCUUAAAUUUACUUGGGUGAGCUAUUCAACAGAAAUCAUUUAUCUCCCUCUUGCUUUUUUUUUUUACAAUUCCUAUUAUCAGCUUGCAAAUUCUUUAUGGGAUCUGGGUGGGUGGGUAAAUACAGAUCUUGAAAAGAGCUCUAAUGAUUUUGCUACAACUUGGUCAGUUUAUGUUUAACUUAGGAAAAAAAAUAAUCGCUAAUUGGCCACACAUGGAAAACUCUUGUUUGACUGUUGUAAUUUUCAAAAUAUAAUCAUCUUAAAAUUAAAUUUGGUCAAGAGAUCUAUCUUGAGAAUGAGAAUUUCCACAUAUAUUCACUAAAUUAAAUAACCAAAUAGAGCUUCAGGAAUAUUGUGUGCUCUAUCUUAUGUAGAAAUCAAUCUAGACUACUGUCUUUUUAUGUUUCCAAGUCUGGAUCUGUAUGACCAAACUAGAACCUUCUAUACCAUAUCUCUAAAUAAUUCAGUAUUUUCUUUUUUCUUAUUUAAUUUAAAGGAAAAGUGUUUUGUCAAGUUUUUUUUUUUCUUUGAAAACCUGACUUUUACUACAAAUGUUUAGUAUGCCAAUAACUUAAUAGAUUUUUUUUUUUCAAGUUGUAUAUUAAUUCUCUUCAUUGAUAAUCUAGGACAAAUGCACACAAAUGUAUUUAGUUUGUUCAAUAUAAUGGUUGGUGCUUUAUGAUAAUUUUAUUUUUAGCUUGUCCAAUGAGUUUCAUAGACAUGUGAGGAAAGGAGUAUCUGCGAGUUUUCUAUGCAGUGUUAAGUCACUUAGCAAACAGUUCAUCUGGCACUUGAGUCUCAGAUUUUUUACACAUUAUACUCACUGCCCCAAAAAGUAAUUUUCCAUUUCAAUAAUUUAUGUACUUGUUGUUUUAAAAAUAAUUGCCUUUUUUCUUUGAAACAAAUCUGUAUUUAUUUUCAACUUUUGGAAAUUGCAUUGAUCUAAUUAUAGCAUGAAAUGAUUCAGAGUUGAAUUUUCUAUUUCUUUUAUCAAAUGUCUCAAUCAGACGCUUUAUUUUACAUGUUGAACAUUUUGAAACUUCUGCUUUAUAUAAAUUUUGAAUUCCACCAGUUUGUCUCUAAAUUGUUUUAAGCUGUAAAUGUGCUGUGGUGUCUGAGUGGUGAAGCACUUGGCUUCUGAACCGAGGGGUCUUGGGUUCCAAUCCUGGUGAAAACUGGGAAUUUGAAUAUGAGUCCACCUGACAAGAGUUGGGAGCAUCAUUAACCCUGGGACACAGAAACAGAUGACCUCUACAUCAUCUGCAAUAUAGACCACUAGGUCUAAAAAGGGAGCUUUAUUAAAUAUGCUUUGACAAGCAUGUAACAGUCAUCGCAUGGGUUGGUAGGACCUAAGUCUUUUUUUUUCCCCUAAAAAGGAGAAACUCACGCCCCAUAGCAGAAAAAGUUCAAUGUCUUGGAUAUUUUUUUCUUAUUGAAUGUAUCCUGUAUCCUUUACUUUUUUAUGCUCUCCACUCUAAAAGUGUCUUCCAAGUAUGAUCAAGCCCCUCAAAUAGGGGCCCGGAGUGAUUUGAACCCCCCAGCUAUGCCACUGAGACGCCAACAUUGAACAGUGGAGUAAUAAAUUUAGUAUUCUCCCAAGAAUGUUACACAAGUCAGUUCAAAAUGUGUGAAGUUAAAGAAAAUAGAUAGCAACUGUGUUAUACCCUUUUGUAGAAUACUCAUCACUAUUAGAUGCUGCAUAUAAUAUAUCUAGGAUGAUGUUAUACCUAUGAAAUAUGUUUUAUUUUUGUUUUGUUUAUUCCCACGAGUAAUAAAUGUAUGACUUGAAACAAAUUCUAUUAUUACCAUUAAAAAAUUUAAGCUUUA